AAAUUCAUGUUAUUUUGUUGACGGAGUUGCUGAAAUGUACUUGUUUUGGUGUUUAUUAAUUUCGGUAUUGGAGUUUACUAUUCAGGAAAAAGUGAAAGUAUCGGUUUAUUAUGAAUCUCUAUGUCCCGCUUCAAAGCAAUUCAUUUCAAGACAAUUAUAUCCAGGAUACCAACUUUUAGGUGACAAUUCUCUUACAGUGGACUUGAUUCCUUAUGUAAACAGAGUUAAAAACGUCAACAAAAAUAAAAACGGAUACCGUCUUAUUUGUCAACAUGGUAAAGAAGAAUGUUACGCUAACAAAGUUCACGCAUGCGUCCUACAUUUAAACGCAACUCAAAAAGCGCAAAUCAGUUUUAUCGAAUGUCAUUUGCAAACCAGUGAUCUACAAGAUAAGGAUGAUAUCAAAAAGUGUUUACGUAGUAAUAAUUUGGCCUGGAGCGACAUUAAAGACUGCUUAAUAGAUGAAGGAACUCAGUAUUUAGUUGAAUAUCAUAAACAAGCAAAAAGUUUGCGGCCGCCUCUGGAAUAUCUUCCCCAUAUUAUAUUUAAUGAUAAAACUGAUAGAGAUGAAGAACAAAACAGUAGAAGAGAAUUCAUCAAAAUAGUUUGUUCAAAAUUUAAAGAUGAAAAACCAAAUGGAUGUCCCCAAGAUUUUGAAUAAAUAUGAAAUUUGUUUUUACCGAUGAAAUAGACAAAUAAGUUGAAGGAAUUUUUCAGUAAAAAUUUUUAUUCUAAUCAUUCCAUUAUGCCGUUUUAUUUGUAUCAAAUCGACUAUGUUUUUGUAGAUUCUAUACUUAUAAAUGCAAUAAAAAAAACUAUCGACAGGAAUAUUUUGAAAGUACAUAUUAGUUCUAAUAUGAAACCUAAUUACAACUGAAACAAAGUUUUAGCAAUUAAUAAAGAAAUUAGAUUUGUAGCGUAUUUUUGUCCAUUGAUAUUUUUAUCAGCAUCUACCAUAACCAUCAUCCACCAGAUAUAUAAAUAAUUUUAAAAUCAUAAACGGAAUCGAUUUAGUUGGAAAUAAAAUAAAAUAUUCCAGAAAAUUGAACAAAUUCAAAUAAAGCGCAAAAGGUUAUCAAUCAAACCACGAUGUUACUUCCAUUGAUUUAGUUAUAACGAAUUUUAAUUUUUUAAUUAAUAUUUGCGAAUAUAUCAUUUCUCGUUUGACAGCAACAUUAUUUAGUUCUAUUAGUCUUCAAUUUAUGUAUUAGCUUUGCUCUAUAAACAUCCAAGACUAUGUAAUUUCACAUUGUUAAGUAUACAACAAACAUUUUUUUUUGUAAGAUACAUAAAACCGUAAGCAUUUAAUUUUGAAAUUAUGAAAAUAAAGCGUCUUCUCAGAAAA